AUGACUCACGCGGGCACUAUCAUGGCAAAUGAUAGAGGAGUUGUCAGCGACGAGAUUCGCGCUUUGCUGGAAGAUGAGCAGGACGCAGAGUUCGAGGAAGAAAUCGCCCGAAACCCUUUCUCCCUCAAAAGUUGGCUCCGAUAUCUGAAUGCAAAAACUCAAGCCAAGCCGGUGAAGCGCUAUCUGAUCUAUGAGAGAGCUUUAAAGUUCCUUCCAGGCUCUUACAAGCUGUGGUGGGCGUAUUUGCAGGAGCGGAAAGAGCAGGUGGAUGGGAGAGUUCCUGUCAGCCAUCCUCGCUAUCAGAUUCUGCUGAAUACCUUCGAGCGGGCCCUUGUGCAUCUCUCGCGCAUGCCCCGCGUCUGGCUCGACUAUCUGCAUACUCUCGUCGACAUGAAAAAGGCGACCAAGACUCGUCGCGCCUUCGACGCCGCACUUCAGUCCCUUCCCAUCACCCAGCACGAGCGAAUCUGGUCUCUGUACCUUCCGUGGGCCCAAAAUUUAGGCGUUAAGGAGACUGCAAUUCGUGUCUUCCGGCGAUACUUGAAGUACGACCCUUCUCAGCGCGAGUCCUACGUCGAUUUUAUGGAGAAAUUGGGGGAAAUGGAGGAGGCCGCUGUGCAUUUGGCCAUCUGUGUGAACGACGACGCCUUCUUCUCUCCGAAAGGCUCCUCCAAACACGCCCUCUGGAUGCGCCUCUGCGACAUGUGUGCGCGCCAUCCGACGGCUAUCUCGCGUCGUCUCAAGGUGGACGCCAUUAUCCGAAGCGGCCUCGCGCGCUUCACGGACGAAACCGGGAAGCUGUGGUGCAAGCUGGCAGACUACUACAUCCGCCAGGGUCAGUUUGAACGGGCCCGUGACGUCUACGAGGAGGCGCUUUCCACCGUCCUGACAGUGCGCGACUUCACGAUGGUUUUUGACGCUUACUCCCAGUGCGAGGAGUCUCUGUUGACGGCCCGCGUGGCAAUGUUGGCAGAGGAAGAGGAACCAGAGGACGAAACGGACGAUGACCUGGACGUGGAGGGCGACGACACGGAUCUGCGACUGGCCCGGUUGGAGGAUUUGAUGGAGCGUCGGCCCAUUUUGCUGUCCUCCGUCCUCCUGCGUCAGAACCCUCACAACGUCCACGAGUGGCACAAGCGGGCCAAACUUUUCCAAGCCCAGAACGAUCCUCACAAGGUCAUCGUCUGUUUCACCGAGGCCGUCAAGACCGUCGACCCCAAGAAGGCUUUCGGAAAGCUCUAUUCCCUCUGGACCGCUUUCGCCAAGUACUAUGAGGAGCAUGACGACAUUGACAACGCUCGCGUGGUGCUCAACAAGGCUACUUUGGUCAAUUUUAAGGGCGUGGAAGAGCUUGCUGGUGUCUAUUGCACCUGGGCAGAGAUGGAAAUCCGGCACGAGAACUACGAGGAGGCCUUACAGGUGAUGCAACACGCCGUCACUGAGCCGUCUCAGGCCAUCCAACGCCGGCGGCAGACCGAGGCUCAGGGCCGCGCGUUGGGAGGCGGGAAGAAGGGGGGCGAGGAGCGGGCAGAGAUGAUUGCAAGCAUCCCUGUGCAGGAACGCGUGCACAAAUCCACUCGCGUCUGGUCCUUGUUCUUGGACCUAGAAGAAUCCCUUGGGACUGUUGCCACCACAAAGGCUGCCUACGAACGGUGUUUGGAGCUCAAGGUCGCCACACCCCAAAUAAUCCUGAACUUUGCCUCUUUCCUGGAAGAAAAUGCGUACCACGAGGAGGCUUUCCGCGCCUACGAGAAGGGGGUAUCUGUCUUCGGUUGGCCUCACGUCAAGCCCCUGUGGUCUCUGUACCUUCAGAAAUUCGUCGCCCGGUAUGGUGGGAGCAAGCUGGAGCGGGCCCGCGAUUUGUUCGAACAGUGCCUGGAGAAGGUCCCAGCGGAUGAGGCUGCCGACUUCUACAUCCGGUACGCAAAGCUGGAGGAAGAACACGGCCUCGCCCGACACGCGAUGGCUAUAUACGAUCGGGGGACCCAGGCAGUGCCCGAGGACAAGCGUUACGAUUUCUUUCUGCUCUACAUCAAGAAGGUAAUUGUCGAGAAACCCCCCCUCUCUGAGCUUGGACGCAUGCACGCGCAGUACUGGGUACGCAAAUGCGUUGGUCACACGUGUAUGUCGCUGGCUCAUCGACAUGCCUCCUUCCUCGCCCUUCUUAUGUUGGUGCUGUCCUCCCUUCUUCUCCCCCACUUUCUCUUCUCGUUCAAGGUGGAGGCUCUCUACGGUGUCACCCGCACUCGGGAAGUAUACCAGAAAGCCAUCGAGGUCUUACCCGACGAGGGGGCUAAAAACAUGUGCAUCCAGUUUGCCGAAUUGGAGCGGAAGCUUGGCGAAAUCGACCGAGCGCGUGCUGUUUAUACACAUGGCGCCAACUUUGCGGAUCCACGCCGUGAUCCUGGUUAUUGGAAGAAAUGGCAAGAUUUUGAGGUUAAUUACAUGGCAGAUGACGCUAUGGCCAUGGUGCAAGCGAAGGAGGGUGGGGGGGAGGAAAAAGACGAGGCGACCGCUGACGCUGAGACCCUGGCUCGAGAAGCGGCCAAGGCGGAGGAGAAGGCGAAAAGGGCUCAAGCUGCACGGGUCAUGGCCGGAGGAGCGGGUGGUGUCAAAAGGAAGGGAGGAAGCGAGGGGGAGGAACUGGAAGCGGUGGAGAGACAGGCCAAGAGGCUUCAGGCAGUGACAGCAGCGGCUGUUGCAGCAUUGGAACGGAAUGAAGAGGAGAUAGACAUUGAGGACAUGGAGGAGGAGGGGGAGGAGGGAGACAGGAUACAGGAGGGAGGGGAGGAAAAGGAGAUCCACAUUGAGGGGGACACCGAAAUACAGGUGAAGGCCAAGCCUGUUCCGGCUGCAGUGUUUGCAAGGGCAGGGCUUGAGGAGGACGCAAAAGAUGGAGAGGUAGGGAAUGGGGGAAGUAUGGGAGCUCUGGAACGCCUGAAGAAAGCCGGAGGCCAAAGAUAGCUGCUUAAAACUUGUCUUCUGAGCUCAAUUUUAAUAUCGCGGUUAACAGAAAGGAAACACCUUCCAUGUGGAAAUAGUUUCAGAAAA